ACUAAAUAAAUAAUUAAGGGAGGAGUAUACGAUAAUUAAAAAAAACCCCACCUCUCCCAUCCGCCAUUGUUUCAAGCAACAACAAAAGAAAUGCAUCGUGCUCGCCAGCCGUACACGAAAUCGUCUCCUGCCGAAUGAUAUCGAAUCAUAUUUCCUUCCAGCUUUCACGAUCUUCCAUUUCCCCGCAGUAAUUUUACACCCAAUUGAUGCUCGGGGAAUAUACUCGUCCCCUGUUUCUGUAAAAAGGUUGCGGGCUGUCUCGGCCGUGAUUCGGCUCCCCGUGGCGUGAACUGCCGGGGAUUUGUUCGCAGAUGAUGACGUUUGCUGCCGGGGAGGAGGCCGUCGCUGCGAAGCAGCCUGCCGGGGAUCGCAAUGGGGCGUAUUAUGUGAAAUUGAGGAACGAUGAAUUGGAGGAGAGCUGCGGGGACUGCAUCGUCCGGGAAUCUCCGGCGUCUUCCGAGGCGGCGGGGGCAUGUGAGGUCGGUGGGCGGUGGUGGUGGUCCUUGUGGUGGUGGGCCAAGCUGCUCCUCUUGCUUGUCUUUGUUGGGAUUCUGGCCGCCGUUUUUCUCAUAUGGGUCGGGCCCUUCUUCAUGGAUAAGGAAAUCAUCCCCAUAAUUAAUUGGGAGAUGAAAACUUUCAGUACACCAGUUCUAGCAGUUUUAGUUUUUUCUUCGGUAUCACUUUUUCCUGCUUUGCUUUUGCCUUCUACACCCUCCAUGUGGGCGGCAGGAAUGACUUUUGGAUAUGGGUAUGGAUUUCUACUAAUAAUUGGAGGUGCAGCUAUUGGGGUAUCACUUCCAUAUUUCGCAGGAUACCUUUUCCGCCGCAGAAUCCAAGGAUUUCUAGAAAGGUACCCAAAACAUGCUUCAAUGAUUAAACUAGCGGGGGAAGGGGACUGUUUUAAUCAAUUUCGAGCUGUGGCAUUGAUCAGAAUAUCUCCUUUUCCAUACAUCGUAUAUAAUUACUGUGCAACUGCUACAGGAGUAAAGUAUGUACCCUAUUUGCUGGGUUCUCUGAUUGGCAUGUUGCCAGAGAUAUUUGUUGCUAUUUAUACUGGCAUUCUGAUAAAGACAUUGGCGAAUGCUUCGCAUGACCAACGUUCCCUGUCAGCUCCGCAGAUCAUUUUCAAUGUUUUUGGGUUCUGUCUCACGGUGGCCACAACUGUACUAAUCACAGUCUAUGCAAAACGGCGGCUCAAGCAGCUGCAGGACGACGAGGAACUGUUGCUGUAAUAAAUGCACUCCUGCUGCUACAUAUAUACGAGUAUCUAUACCAUACAUCCGGAUGUAUGAUGUUUCAUCUACAUCCGCUUGAAUACUCAUUUUCGAGUCACAGAAUACUCAUUUUCGAGUAGCAAAAUACUCAUUUUCAAAUAACUGAAUACUCAUUUUUUAGCAUAACUAAAUUUUAGAAAUUUGAGUAUAAAAAAUGAGUAUUCAGUAGCUCAAAAAUGUGUGUUCAAUUACUCCUAAAUGAGUACCCACCGUGGAUGUACGGGAAAUACCGUACAACCAGUUGUACAGUAUAUAUCGCGCAUAUAUUCAUACAUAUAUUACAUCUAAAGAUGGAAUUGUAGCGUUUUUGGUGAUCUCGUCCGAGUGGAGCCCGCUAUCAACAAGCCACACUAACGUCGGUAACAUCACAUUUCUUUGUUUCUCCCCUGCUUGUAUAGAGGAAAAAUGCUACUUUAACCCCAGUGAUGACACCAACGUUGACGCCCAUUAGAGACAAUCACAAACAGACAGUAUAGUACGGAGUAUUUGUUUGUGAGACACUAUUGCAGUGUCAUCUGUGGUGUUGGUGUGUGAUUUGAACAUGACACUUGUACAAAAACAAGUUAGGAUUUGUUCUCUAA